CCCGGCUCCUGCGUCCCCGUCGCCGCUGCUCGGCGGGCCGCCCCCCGAGCGCGGGCACCGGUGCCCCGGCCGGGGUCUGCCGGGAAGAUGGCGACCCCGGGCAUGAGCUGGCAGCAGCACUAUUACGGCGGCUCGGCGGCCGGGGCGGCCAAAUUCGCGCCCUCGCCGGCCGCCGCGCAGCAGGCGGGGCACUGCAUGGACUACAGCCAGGACUUGCACCUGAAAAUGAGCAAGAAAAUCGCCCAGCUCACCAAGGUAAUAUAUGCUUUGAACACUAAAAAUGAUGAGCACGAAUCUGCAAUUCAAGCCCUCAAAGAUGCUCAUGAAGAAGAAGUCCAACAAAUUCUUGGCAGAAACAAGAAAAAAAUAUUGCAGUAUAAAAGCAGAGUAUCAGAGGAGUUAGACCUUAAGAGAAAGAUUCAAGUUUUAGAAGCAUCAUUAGAAGAUCACAUAAAAAUGAAGCAGCAGGCUUUGACAGAAUUUGAGGCUUAUAAGCACAGAGUUGAGGACAUGCAACUUUGUGCAGAAGCGCAGCAUGUCCAACGCAUAGUAACCAUGUCUAGAGAGGUUGAAGAGAUUAGAAGGAAAUUUGAGGAAAGAUUACGGAGUUUUGGACAAGUCCAAGUACAGUUUGAAAAAGACAAACGGUUGGCAUUGGAAGAUUUGCGAACUGCUCACAGACGGGAGAUCCAAGAGCUGCUGAAGUCACAGCAGGAUCACAGUGCCUCAGUUAGUAAAGGACAGGAGAAAGCGGAGGAGCUGCACAGAAUGGAGGUGGAGGCCUUAAACGAGACACUGGAAGAGCUAAGGCUUGAGCGGAGAAAGCUAAUUGAGGAUUAUGAAGGCAAGUUGCGUAAAGCUCAGUCCUUUUAUGAACAUGAGCUAGAUACUUUGAAAAGGUCACAGCUUUUUACAGCAGAAAGCCUCCAGGCUAGCAAAGAAAAGGAAGCAGAUCUUAGAAAAGAAUUUCAGGGACAAGAAGAUUUACGAAAAACCAUAGGAAAAUUAAAGACAGAGUUACAGAUGGUACAGGAUGAAGCUGGAAGUCUCCAUGACAAAUGCCAGAAGCUUCAGGUAGCACUUGUUACAGCAGAGAACAGUGUUCAGGUUCUUCAAAAACAGCUUGAUGAUGCCAAGGAGGGAGAAGCGGCCUUAUUAAGCAGGCACGAGGAAGUGGAAAGUGAGCUAGCGGCAGCCAGAGAACGUGUACAGCAGCAAGCUUCAGAUCUUGUCCUCAAAGCUAGUCAUAUUGGAAUGCUUCAAGCAACUCAAAUGACCCAGGAGGUUACAAUUAAAGAUCUAGAAUCAGAAAAAUCAAGGGCCAAUGAGAGGUUAUCUCAGCUUGAAGAAGAAAGAGCUUUCUUGCAAAGCAAAACCCAGAGUCUGAAUGCAGAGCAGAAGCAGCAGAUUUUGGAACUGGAGAAGAAAGUAAAUGAGGCAAAGAAAACUCAGCAAGAAUAUUAUGAGAUGGAGCUAAACAACCUGCAAAAUAGACUGGAAGGAGAGGUGGCUCAAUUAAAUGAGGCCCAUUCUAAGACUUUGGAAGAAUUAGCUUGGAAGCACCAUAUGGCAAUUGAGGCUGUCCACAGUAAUGCUAUGAGGGAUAAGAAAAAACUGCAAAUGGAAUUGGAGGCACAACAUAAAAAGGAAAAGCUAAACCUGGAAGAGGAUAAAAAUCAGCUUCAACAAGAGCUAGAAAACCUGAAGGAAGAACUGGAAGACAAGCUGAAUUCAGCCAAUCAAGAGAUUGGCCACCUCCAAAUGGUAAGCAAAAGUGAACAAGGUCUUGGCUCUGCAGAAGGACUCAUUGCUAGUCUUCAGGACUCCCAGGAAAGACCAAAUGAGCUGGACUUGACUAAAGGCAGGCUGAUGGAGACCAAGGAUGCUCUAUUAAAUGCUGAGAGUGAGCUAGAACAAGAAAGGCAACAGCAUGAAGAAACACUUGCUGGCCAUGCAGAAGAGGAGAAACUGAGAGUGGACAAAAUGGCCCAUGACUUAGAGAUAAAAUGGACUGAAAACCUUAGGUACAUUCUUUACUCACUUCGCGAAGAGUUAAGGCUUCAACGAGAGGAUAAAAAGUCAGCAAUGUCUCAACUUUUGCAGUUAAAAGAGCGAGAGAAAAAUGCAGCCAGAGAUUCAUGGCAGAAAAAAGUAGAAGAUCUCUUAAACCAGAUUUCCUUGCUGAAACAGAAUCUGGAGAUGCAGCUUUCCCAGUCUCAGACCUCUUUGCAGCAACUACAAGCCCAGUUUACGCAAGAACGACAACGACUUACACAGGAGCUUGAAGAAUUAGAGGAACAGCAUCAACAAAGACAUAAAUCUUUACAAGAAGCACAUGUCCUUGCAUUUCAAACUAUGGAAGAAGAAAAGGAAAAGGAACAAAGAGCUCUUGAAAAUCAUUUACAACAGAAACAUUCUGCAGAGCUUCAAUCAUUAAAAGAUGCACACAGAGAGUCAAUGGAGGGCUUCCGGAUAGAAAUGGAACAGGAACUUCAGACGCUUCGGUUUGAAUUAGAAGAUGAAGGAAAGGCUAUGCUUGCUUCUUUACGCUCAGAACUAAACCAUCAACAUGCAGCUGAAAUUGAUUUGUUACGGCAUAAUCAUCAACAAGAAUUGUCAGCCGCUAAAAUGGAAUUAGAGAGAAGCAUAGAUAUCAGCAGAAGACAGAGUAAGGAGCACAUGUGUAGAAUAACAGAUCUACAAGAUGAAGUAAGGCACAGAGAGCAUCACAUCUCAGACUUGGAUAAGGAAGUACAGCACCUUCAUGAAAAUAUAAAUGCCCUAACCAAAGAAUUGGAAUUUAAGGGAAAAGAAAUUCUCAGAAUAAGAAGUGAAUCCAACCAACAGAUGAGGUUGCAUGAACAAGAUUUAAACAAGAGACUUGAAAAAGAGCUGGAUGUCAUGACAGCAGACCACCUCAGAGAGAAAAAUAUCAUGCGGGCAGAUUUUAAUAAGACUAACGAGCUACUCAAGGAAAUAAAUGCAGCUUUACAAGUGUCACUAGAAGAGAUGGAAGAAAAAUAUCUAAUGAGAGAAUCAAAACCAGAAGAUUUACAGAUGAUUGCAGAAUUAAAAGCCAUGCUUACAGAAAGAGAUCAGGUCAUAACGAAACUAAUGGAGGAUAAUAAAUUUUAUCAGCUGGAAUUAGUCAAUCGAGAAACUAACUUCAACAAAGUGUUUAACUCAAGUCCUACUGUUGGUGUUAUUAAUCCACUGACUAAGCAAAAGAAGAAGAACAAUAAAUCACCAACAAACAGGUUUGUGAGUGUUCCCAAUCUAAGUGCUCUGGAAUCUGGUGGAGUGGGCAAUGGACAUCCUAACCGCCUGGAUCCCAUUCCUAAUUCUCCAGUCCACGAGACUGAGUUCAACAGCAGCAAACCACUUCCACAGCCAGUGCCACCCAAAGAGCCCAAGACAUUUUUGAGUCCUCCUCAGAGUGAAGCUUCCCCGGUGGCUUCUCCAGAUCCCCAGCGCCAGGAGUGGUUUGCCCGGUACUUCACAUUCUGAAAGAAUUGUUUUGGCACAGUUCUAGGUGGACUGUUACUAAAAGCAUGACCUUAUGCAGAUCGUUAUGUGAACAGGGUUUCCUGUGUCAAACACUGUGAAAGUAUUUGUCUCUCCAAUUGAAAAUGCCCUCUAUUUCCUGUGAUAUUUAUUGGAAUCACUCUAUAAGGUACUAUAUUAUGUGUGUAAUUAUAACAGUUAUUUUAUUUGAGAUGGGAGAGGCUUUAAUCUUUCUUUGUAAUUACUGCAUAAUAAAUUUUGUUAGA